ACUGCUCUUGCCCAGCUUGUGUAUAACGAUGAAAGGGUUCAAGCAGAGUUUGUGGAUCCCAAGUUAAGGCUGUGGGUUUGUGUAUCUGAUCAAGAUGGAGUGUCGUUUGAUGUCAAGGUCAUUCUUUGUAAGAUUCUAGAGUUAGUUUCUGGUAAAAGGCCUGAUGAUACCUCCUCACUGGAAUUGGUGCAAAACCAAUUUCAAGAGCAGUUAAGAGGAAAGAAGUACUUGCUUGUUCUUGAUGAUGUAUGGAAUGAAGAUUGUGAGAAAUGGCGUGGGCUGCGUGAGUUCUUAACGCUGGGUCAAGAGGGUAGUCGAAUUGUGGUGACUACACGAGCGGAGAUUACUGCAAAGAUUAUUGGAGAAAAACAUACGCACAAGCUGCAAGGUUUAUCUGAAGAGAAUUCGUGGCUCUUGUUCGAGUCUGUAGCAUUUGAUGAAGGGGAACACCAGCACGCAAGUCAUCCUGAUUUGGUUGAUAUUGGGAAGAAGAUUGUUGAAAAAUGCUUUAACAUCCCAUUGGCCAUAAAGGUGGUAGGAAGCCUUCUAUUUGGGCAGCCUGUGGAUAAGUGGCAGACAUUUGAGCACAGCGGAUUAGCUGGAAUUGGAAAUGGUGAUAAUGAAAUUAUGUCCAUACUAAAGCUUAGUUACCACAACCUUAUACCCUCUUUGAAGAAUUGUUUUAGCUAUUGUGCACUGUUUCCCAAAGAUUAUAGAUUCAAGAGGGAGGAGUUGAUUAGCCUUUGGAUAGCACAAGGCUACAUUGCGUCGCUGGACAGAGAUCAAAGCAUAGAAGAUGCAGCAGAGGAGCAUUUCCUGAUUUUGGUACGCAGAUGUUUCUUUCAGGAUGUAGAGAAUGAUAGAUAUGGUGACAUUGAGUACGUGAAAAUGCAUGACUUGAUGCAUGAUGUUGCUCUAGAAGUGGGGAGGGAGGAAAUUGGUGUAGUGAGUUCUAAUACAAACAAAUUGGGAGAUAAAGUUCGUCAUGUGUAUUCUGCUGGUGGUACUUUUUCACAAAGUUACUCAUUGAAGAGUAAGAUACGUUCGUUGAUUUAUAGGGGUGUUCAUCGCGUGUUGGGUGAUCCGGUGGAUGCACAGAUAGACAGUUGGAUGUGUGUAAGGGUGUUGGUUUUGCGGAAUGCGGGUAUAGUACGGUUGCCUGAUUCAAUUGGUAAGCUACUGCAUUUAAGGUAUCUUAACUUGUCUGAGAAUCUUCGGUUACAGGCACUCUCUGAUUCUAUUACUAGACUACAUAAUCUGCAGACUUUAGUUUUAAAAAUUGCCUGGGUUUGAGGGAGUUGCCAAAAGAUUUUAGCAAAUUGGUAAAACUUAGGUACUUGGAUUUAAGAAGUUGUUUUGACUUGAGUGGUAUGCCUUCAGGCAUGGAUAAAUUGAUAAGUCUUAGGUACUUGGAUAUAAGUGAUUGUACAGAGCUGAGUAGUUUGCCUUCCAGCAUGGAUAAAUUGACUAAUCUUAGGCACUUUGAUUUAAGUUGGUGUGAUAAGUUAACUAGUAUGCCAUCAGGCAUGGGUAAGUUGACUAAUCUUAGGGUGCUACCAUGGUUUGUGGUGGGUAUGGAAAAGAGAGUUUCAACAGAGGAGCAUUGUAUGGGAGAGCUCAAAGACCUUAUACCCCUGACCAACUUGAAAGGUGGCAUAGUGAUCCAAAUCGGCGAAUUUUACAAGAAUGAUGGAGGAGAAGAGUAUUUGAAGGGUUUGAAAUAUCUCACUCAGGUUCAUAUAAGUUUUCGUGACAAUGCUGAUGGAUGUUUAGAAUGGGAAGAUGUGAUGGAAAAGCUAGAGCCACCUUCAAAUCUCAAGAUAUUCAGGUUGUGGUACGACAAUUCCAAGGUGGGGUAGAGCACUGGAUAACUGGGCACUCUCCCUCCCACUUCUUGUCGAGAUCAGGCUUUCUUACUGUUACAAUUUGGAGCAGAUACCAUCGUUGAGUAAACUGCGUAAUCUGAAAUCACUAAGACUUGAUUCACUACACAAGCUGGAAUAUAUGGAGAAUACAAGCAGCAACAAUGCCAAUGACGGAGAAGAUGUAACGGCAUUCUUCCCCUCCCUUGAGUCUCUUAGUAUUAAUGAUCUUACAAGUAUGAAAGGAUGGUGGAGGGAGGAGGAUGAUGAUGAGCGUAUCUUGAGGAGUAGCUUCACAUUUUCCCGUCUUUCCAAAUUGGAAAUCAGUUAUUGCCCUAAGUUAACUUCGUUUCCUUCCUGUGGAAGCCUCGAAGAUUUGGGCUUGAAUGAGGUUGACUGUUUUGGAAAUUCACAAGGUGACGUCAUAUUAAGGGAGCUGCUUAUAGAUGACGUGGGUCUUCCCAACUUAAUAAACUCUCCAGUCAAUAAACUCAACAUAUGCGGGAAUAAGGUGGAGAGUUUAUCAGAAUAUGGGGAUGUAUUCCGGAAAUACAAAUACGCUUCUUACAUAAGAAGCCUUCAAAUUUUUAGUUGCUCAAAUUUGAGGAGACUUGGAAGAGGGGGGUUGGAGCAUCUCACUGCCUUGGAGUCAUUAGUGUUUGCAUUCAAUGAUCAACUUAGCUUCUCUGAAGACGAGGUCGAUGACGAUGGCAUGCCAUGGAAAUCCCUUCAACACUGUCUCCGUUCCCUGUAUAUUCGUGAUUGCAAGGCCAUAAAGUCACUCCCUGAAUCAAUCCGGAACCUCACCUCCCUUCAGAAACUUCAGAUAAUUCAUGGAUGUCCAGAACUAGAAGAAAGAUGCGAAGAACCAGAUGGGGAAGACUGGCCCAAGAUUCAACACAUCCCCAACAUAAUAAUAUAUCGAUAGUGUCAAUCUGAGUAAUAUAUAGCUCUGAUCAUCGGGGUCCUCAACCUUCAGGUUAGAAUUCUGAGUCACUUUUCUGUUUAGUUUUGAAGCACUACGUGUUGUUUUCCAUUGAUCCAUCUAUGCUUGUAUGCUUGUGCAGAAUAUACUACUUAUAUAGUGUACUAGUAAUUAAUUGCAGGUCAAAGCUUAAGUAAAAUUGUUAUUCUUGUUGGAUGAAGUUGAGAUCGAACUUUCAGUUUCAAAUUAAAAGGUGUUUUGAUUAUUUGUAUUCUUGAUUUUUAGAAGAUUUUAUUUCUGAGUGGAUGGUGUACAAUCUUAAUAUAUUUUGGCUUGUUUGUCCUUUGCCUGACAAUUGACUUGCCUAUGAACCCUCUUAUAAUUCUAUAAUGUCCAGGUACUUGUUCAUAGGAUGAACUUGAUGUGGAGGAGUCAACCAAUUCUCAAGUCUCUCUGACUAUUACAAACCAACGGCAAGCGCCCAUUUCAUCUGUGGGAUGUUGAUUAAGAUUUACGAUGUAGCUACGGUCGGUCUUCUGGAAGCUGCAUAGAAGGUUGCUGCUGUGAAGAUUCAACGUGGAAGACUGCAAGACUUGUUUUGAGAGACUGAAUUUGAAAAACUAUCUUUCAAGGACUUGGGAUCAUGUAAAUACUUCAUAGUCUGCGCCUCUGCUGUGCAUGUUGAUUUUAAAUAAUGUAUUCUGAAAGAAAAAUAUACAGAUGACUCUUUUAGACAUAUAAGCACGGCAAUGUAGCAUAAAGUAUCGUUUGUACCUCAAUUUUCUCCUUAACAGAGUAGAGUAUCAUUGAAUGAAAAACUGUGAGUUUAUAUAAUAGUGAGAUUAUUUCCUAAAA